CCUGCACUACGCGAAUUUAUUUUACACAGAAUGCUGGUGAAAUCCAACUUGAAUAAAGGCUUUAAUCGUGGAUGUAGAGGAUUUUUUCAGAGGGCUAGGGAAAUAAGGUCCUAUAUUUCAAUGGGGGAAGCUCUUACGUGGCAUGAAAACUGGUCUCCCCUCAACUUCUCAAGAACCAUUUAGCACCGGUGAUCACUGUAUGCCACCAACAGCUAUGACCCAGUUUUUGCUUUAUGUAAAUGAACUUGAAUGUAUCGUCUACGGUUGGCCAUGACCUAGAAAUGACAUUUUGCAGUAGUACAUACACGUACACCAUGUGUGUGCGUGCUGUACAUUACAGGUUUGCCAGACGUCUUUGUCACGGUGCGAAUAGAUUCAAUGGAUUGGUAAGUAUUUGGUUUCGAAGGAAGAAGUGUAGUCCCGCGGUUAUUUUUCAGCCACAAGAAAGAACAAAAAAUUUUGACUUUAGCAUGGAGUAAGUACGAAGACCUGCGCCAACACGUCACAAAAUUUCUCUCAACAUCCAACGCCAGGGAGGCACAAAUUUCAAUCAGGCCACCUCAACUGUAGCGCAACCCUAAAUCCUUUGAUCAGGUGGACUCAGCUGUUGGCCCGAAUUCAGCAAUGUCUCUAUUUGUGAAAUUUCCUCUACAACUCUCCCCGUGUUGGAAGGAGAUUUCAAAAACCUAUUCAACAAUGUGUCUUUGGGCAAAAAAUGGAAGCCAGACCAGAGACGUUUCCAAAAUCAGAUCUCUUAAAUCUGAUAAAGGUGUUGCAUCCAGUCUGGAUUUAAUGGUACUUUCUGAGGAAAAUAAGGUCAGAGUAAUGAAGCGAAUUUCAACCAUGAAGCCUUCAACAACUAGAAUUUUAUUCAAGAGGAUUCCAACACGAUAUGCAGGAGUUUGUGUGCCACUGUGCAAAGUCAACGAGAUUCCUUCAAUCUUAUACACUCUGCGGUCGCAGUUUGUAAGCAGGCACAAAGGUGAAGUCAGCUUUCCCGGUGGAAUCAAGGAUGAUAAUGAUGUAGAUGCCACACAAACAAUGUUCAGAGAAUUGAAAGAAGAACUUGGAAUUUGUGCAGAAUCAGUAGAAAUAUGGGGACAGUUGGUUCCGUCAGUUCCUGAUCGUUCUGGAAAGACAUCAGUUACAGCGAUUGUUGCUUAUAUUGGUGACAUUGACUUGACAGAACUUCAGUAUGAUAAAAAGGAGGUGGAGUUGGUGUUCACAUUACCCAUCUCUCAUCUCUGUGAUCCUCAAAAUCAUGGCUACACCCGCUUUGAUCCUUCCAAGUCUACUUCUGCUUCCACUAAAGAGAUUGGACCAUAUGUCUUACCGGUCUUCCGUGGAGCUGGCUAUCAUAUAUGGGGCUUGACUGCUGUGUUGACUGAUUUGACACUGGGGGUACUUGCCCCAGAUCACUACAAAUCGCUAUUUUUCUAAGAAGGUGUUAAGAAGGUGCUGUUUUGGAAGUGUAGUGACAUGAUGAAGCAUCACAUGGCAAUACAGGAAUUAACAGAUUUCCUAACAGGCACAAAUCCUGCCUGUUAAAUUAAUUCACAUUGACUGAUUUUAGAUGGUGACAUGAUCAAAGAUGAACAAAGAAUGGACUGGAGCUUAGAUAAAACCUGUACCAAAUCCUGCUACAUACAAUUUCUUUAUAUAUUUUAACAAACUUAAAAUAAAAUGUAGGUGAAUUAAAAUGUCAUUAUAUUUAAAUUGUAUCAAGAUAUUGUAUUAAUAGCCUGAAUGUCAAGUAUUUUUAUGGAAUUAAUUUAAAUUUUUGGAUUUAAUUUCCUUUGGGUCGAGGCAGACUUAGAACUUGCCAUUUACACACUUGUAUGCAUAGUUUUGGGAGAUUGAUAUUUAUAACUUUCAUUGCUUUGCUUUCAGCUUAUUUCAGCCUGAAUUUAUCUUUUUGAUUCCUUGGGAAAGAAAUCAGUUAAAAGGAUUUCGCUCCAGGGAAAUAUAUAUUUCACUACAGUGUAAAGCUGGUUACGUGACUUGCAUUCAUUCUUUGAAUCUGCUUGGAGAUUUACAGACAGUGUGUUUGGUGCCAGUUUUCUCCGCAGAGGGUUUUACAGUUCAUACAUGUUUGUACUUAAUAGAACAGGGCACGAAGUACAUGUACAGGUUUGUAAAUGGACCAGACAUGUACACCUGCAAAUUUCAAACUAACUGGAGCAAGAAACCUUUUCAUAGACAUUGCACUAGACUAUUAACCUUUUUAGGAUUCUAUUGAUGCUGUAGACAUUUUGUCUACACCGAGUUGGCCCUGAAGAAAGUGGUCAUGCAUGGCCUAGUUGUGAGCUAACGUAACAAAACACUUUGCGGAACUUUUAUAACUUUCAUAGAUGGGAUAGGUGUUUUUACAUGUAUGUGCAUGUAAUGUUUCCAAGAAAUUAGUCUGGAGAAAGUCAAGGUCCCAUAGUAGAAAUAGUUCUUGGAGUCAACACGCACAUAUGUAUAUAUGUAGUACAGUUUACAUGUACAACUGUCAAAAGCACAACAGACACAAAUCCUGAUAGAGAAAUAAAGUCCUCUUGCUUCAUGCAGACAGUGCUUUAAA